GAACGUUCGACGGAGAAGGGUUAUCUGAAGAAAUUCGUAAUCUUUCUUCAAAGAAAUCGGCGCUUUUUAAGCGCGGUAUCUCGAGAGUGUAACGUCAAGUAAUUGAACUCGAGGAAAAUGCACUUCUACCAGACUCGAAAUAUCUUAAGUAAUUGAUCAAAGGAUCGAUGGUCAACAAACCGUCAGCUGGAUUCUGAACGUUAGCUGCAAGAAUAUAAGUCAAGUUCCGUAUAAACAGGAUGAAACUUGGUCUGUCCAUUCUUUUAACGAUAUUGGCUUGCUGCCAGAUCGCGAAUGGCUUACGUAUACUCGGGAUAUUUCCCAAUAACGGGAAAAGUCAUUGGCUUACGGGAGAACGGCUGUUGAAGAGCUUAGCGGAACGUGGUCAUCAAGUGGACGCCAUCACGCAUUUCCCCCAGAAGAAACCAUUGCCAAAUUACAAUGAAAUCUCCAUGAAAGGUACCUUGGAAGAGGUGGUGAACAAUAUGAAUGCUUCUAUCCUCGAAAAACUGUCUUCGACCAGUGUGAAACAUAUAAUCGAUAUGGGCUCGAGAGUUUGUACUUUAUUGGGCCACGAGAAGUUUCAGAACCUGAUAAAUAAUCCACCCAAGGAUCCGCCGUACGAUUUAGUCAUCGUGGAGUUAUUCAUCGCGCCCUGCUUCCUCGGAUUUGGUCGUCACCUAAAGGUCCCCAUGAUUGGCGUGAUAGCAGCAAAUUUUCACGACUGGCUCUCAAACAGUGUGGGAUAUCCGCAUAAUCCAUCCUUCAUGCCAGCCCUAUUCGCUCCCUUCGGCCAACGAAUGACUUUUUACGAGAGGCUAGUGAAUACCUUCAUAACGAACACUAUCGCCGUACAAAUGACGUACUACAUGAACUUUCAACGUGAAUACGUGAAAAAAUACUUCAACAUCGACGUCCCGGCCUACGAACUUCACCGAGAUCUGUCAGCGGUUCUGGUGAACUCGCAUCACAGUUUACACGGAGUUAAACCGACGACACCAGGAGUGAUCGAGAUCGGUGGUUUACACGUCACCGAAGACUCGGAUCCACUUGCCCCGGAAGUGAAAAAAUGGCUGGACGAGAGCAAGCACGGUUGCGUAUAUGUCACGUUUGGGUCAAUGAUGAGGAUCGAAACGUUCCCCGAAUCCCUUCAGAAAACGUUCUACAAAGUUUUCGAAAAACUCGCCCCAGUUCGAGUGCUGAUGAAAAUCGCGAAGAAAGAGGAGCUCGUUCCAGGACUGCCGAAGAACGUUAUGACACAGUCCUGGUUUCCACAAGUGGCCGUCUUCAAGCACAAAAACACAAAGGCAUUCCUCACGCACGGCGGUCUACUGGGUGUCCAAGAAGCUAUAUACUUUGGAAUUCCUAUGAUCGGUAUUCCUCUGUUCGGUGAUCAGCCCACCAAUUUACAGAACGCUGCCAGUAAAAAUCUCGCCGUGUCUCUUGGAUCCCUUAACAAUGUCACGGAAGAAACGCUAACGUACGCGUUUGAUGUGAUCUUGAAGAACAAUACGUAUCGAGAUAACGUGAAGGAAGUUUCCCGACUCUUCAAGGAUAGACCGAUGAGCGCUGUGGACACGGCAGUUUACUGGGUGGAAUACGUUGCUAGAAAUGGAAACGUUCUACAAUCGCCCGCCAUUUAUCUUUCUUGGUGGCAACUACAUCUCUUUGACGUGUAUGGCUUUGUACUUGCCAGCAUCGCGGUAUUGCUCUACGUCGUGAUUCGCGUUCUUCGAUACCUGAAGGAACUGCUAUUCGGCUCAAAAUCCCGCUCGAAAAGGAAAAACAAAUCGCCGGAGUCGAAAAAGAAGAAUUGAGUUCUCUUAAUGCAUAAGUGCGUGCUGUGUGUGUGUGUGUGUGAUUAACAAUUAAUUUCAUUUUAUCGUUCGGUAUAAUUUCAAGCUCUCGAUGAGAUAACGAUACCUUGAAUACUCGAACAUUUCGUACAUUUGUAUAUCUUCGUCUCAAGGUUUACCGAAUCUGAGACGCUCCGAUCGGACGUAAUAAAAAAUCCGCAAAUAUUUUUAAAAGUUCUUUCCGUUAUAUUCGCAUGCAUUAAAAACAUUCAAUUCGUACCUGGUGG